AUGAACGUGACGCACCUGCUGAUGGCCGCAAUGCUAGUAGCCGUGGCAUGCUCGGUGGUCAUGGCCUCGGGUGCCUCAAGCUCGUCGUCCUCAAGCGCUCCAGCCCGCGAGUCGAUCCCCCUUGUGUCCAAGCUGAUUGCGCCGUCCAGCAAGAGCACCAGCAACUCGCCGCGUGCAACUGGUGCCGAUGUGACGGCGUCUACUACCUCCACCACGACGAAACCCGUGAACACGGCGGCAUCUUCGUGCACCGUUUCAAACUGCGCCGCCUGCUCGAGCACGAACCCGAACGUGUGCACGACGUGCAGCCCCGGCUACGCCGUCGACCGCCUUGGCCAGUGCAUGGUCGUUGGCUCCUGCAACGUCGCCCACUGCGUCAUGUGCCACACGAACGACAACGGGCGUUGCUUGGCCUGCGCCCCGGGCUACAUGCCGACGGCCUCAUUCAAGUGCGUCCCGGAGCGGUCUAAAAAUACGGCCUUCCGCACUUCCUCCCUGGUUGUCUCUGUCGGCAUGGUAUUGGUGGGCACGGCGCUGACCAUGGUCUAA